CGAUGUCAUACCCGGUGCUGAACAAACAGACACACACGCUGCUUCCUGGCUGUCCUGACGCUUUUCCAUUCAGCUGAAUUCAGCACUGCGACAUGGCAGCAGAUCUCCCACAGUUUUGGACCUAAUGCCUACGUUUGGGUGAAAUCUGGACCGCAUCUUUCUGCGAUGAUGUCAGAGUCUGAUCCUGACUCAGUAACUGAAACUGAUUUUACCAGUAAACUGAAUUUGUUUCGGAUACAAGUGAACAGCCAGGAAGGAGGAGUCAUUUGAUGUUCAGAAUGAAGAAGGUUGAAGUGUUAAUAUUUUAUUUCUUACUGAUUGUUUGGUGCAUCCGGCCUGUCGACGGUGACUUUCUGGUCUCAGAUGUUACACGUGAUGAUGAUGCCCACCCCAACACCCUCACAGAAACCGGCGCCGAUGCACCGGACAGGAAUAUCCAAACAAACAGGGACAUACGGGACACGAGCAUGGAGACAAACUGGGACGAGCCAGAUAUGAGAAAGGACCACUACGAGGAUGCUGACUGGCAUCCUCUUACCUCCUUUACGGAAACGCUUACCGACCUGACCCCUGACGCCCCACUGGUGAUACGCAAUGACAACACUGGCGCUGAAGAUAGCACCAACCAAACCUUCAACCAGACUAUCAGCAAUUCAUCCGCAGAGUGUGGCGAGUUCAGCAGUCAGCUGAUGUCUAACGGACAAUGCCGAUUGACGGCAACACUUCCUCCUGUAGGAAAUUCUCAAAAACGCUGCCCAGACAUGUUCCGGUGUACAGACGACGUCUCCUAUUGGCUCCAUGAGAACGAAAACAGAAAGGAGCAGCUGGAAGAGCUGAAAGAGACGAUGUCAGGGCUCCAGGAGGAGCUGAGGAACCACCGGCAUCGAGUCAAGGCCCUGGAGAUGCAGGGUGAAGAAGGUGUUAGCUUAAACUCAACAUUUCACCAGCGGUUGCGUUCUCUGGAGCGCCGUCACGCCGAGGCAGACACGCUGCUCCAUGUGCACGCGGCGCUGCUGUACGAGCUGCAGGUGCAGCUCCGAAACCUGUCGGCAACCGCGCGCCACAUGAGUCACAACACGGGCUGCAAGGUCAACGUGAUCAGAACUGCGCCACCACUCGGCAUGCGAGACACACUGCCACCAGAUGUACAGCCCCUGUCUUUCUGUCCAUCAGACUGUGCGUCUCUGUAUCACAACGGUGUCCGUCGUUCUGGUGUUUACACUAUUGUCCUGUCACCAGGCACCGCCCGGCCUGUCUACUGCGACAUGGAGACCGAGGGUGGAGGCUGGACAGUGUUUCAGCGGCGCCGUGAUGGGUCAGUGAGCUUCAACCGUGGAUGGUCUGAGUACCGUGACGGCUUUGGCGAGCCGCGAGGUGAACACUGGCUGGGGAACCAGCACCUGCACCGGCUGUCUAACCAGGGCCACUACAGCCUCCGCAUUGACCUGCAGGACUGGAGCCACGCCCACAAACAUGCUCUGUACCACACUUUCAGAAUCGAGGAUGAGGACAACCAGUACCGCCUGCAUGUGUCCGGUUUCAGCGGGACAGCGGAGGAUUCUUUCGGCUGGUAUCAUGACCUGCAGGGUUUCAGCACACCAGACACAGGCAACAUCUGUGCUGAGAUCAGCCACGCUGGCUGGUGGUUCCACCAGUGUUUCUAUGCUAACCUCAACGGUGUCUACUACAAGGGGGGGCACUACUCUCUGAAAGCGCAGAACUUGCUGGGGCCAGAUGGCAUUGUUUGGUUCUCCUGGAAGGAUUCAGACUUCUACUCUCUGAAGGCGGUCACCAUGAUGGCACGACCACAUAACUUCAGGCCACGCCUGUCACCAUAGAAACACUCUCAAUGACACUCAAGGAUUCUGCCCAAUGGUAGCUGAGCAGCACUUGAGCUGAGCAACCAAGAGCUUCCAGAAGUAACUGUACCAGGAUCAAUUAUGUACUGGAAAUAUUCCCCCAAAAAUGCCUAAUUUCCUUCUGUAUAACCUUUUGCUUUUUUUUGGGCAUAAAUGAUGAAUAAAACUGAUUAUUUUUGA